CUCCAUCCGUAAAUUACAACCCACUUCGCUGUGUAAGUGAAGACCGGGCUCCUGUCAGGGAAGUUUCAGAUCUGUCUGCAGGAUGGACGGAGGACACUACUGACGAACCACAUCCAGGCUUUCAGGAGUUUAUCGGGAAUAUUUAUUUUUGUAAACUUGGGAUUUUAGGCUGAAGAAGUAAAGGUUGAGACAUAGUUUUAACUUUUUCCCGAGGCUCGCAUCAUCAUUGGAUCGGGAAUACAAUAGAGAAGACUACGACUGUUGUGUUGAGGGCAGAGGAUGGGGAGCCGGGGGCACUACCGGUACCACUGGCAGAGCCACAAUGUCAAACAUAGCGGCGUGGAUGACAUGGUGCUGCUCAGCAAGAUCAAUGAGGACGCUAUCGUGGACAACCUCAAGAAGAGAUACAUGGAUGACUACAUCUUUACAUACAUCGGCCCUGUGCUCAUCUCUGUCAACCCUUUUAAGCAGAUGCCGUACUUUGGGGAAAAGGAAAUUGAGAUGUAUCAGGGCGCAGCACAAUAUGAGAACCCUCCUCACAUCUACGCUCUGGCUGAUAACAUGUACAGAAACAUGAUGAUUGACCGUGAGAAUCAAUGUGUCAUCAUCAGUGGAGAAAGCGGAGCUGGGAAGACAGUGGCAGCCAAAUAUAUCAUGGGCUACAUCUCCAGAGUGUCAGGAGGCGGACCCAAAGUGCAGCACGUCAAAGACAUCAUCCUACAGUCCAACCCGCUGCUGGAGGCCUUCGGCAACGCCAAGACUCUGAGGAACAACAACUCCAGCAGAUUUGGGAAAUACUUUGAGAUCCAGUUCAGCUCCGGUGGCGAACCAGACGGUGGGAAAAUCUCCAACUUCCUUCUGGAGAAGUCACGUGUCGUCAUGCGAAAUCCCGGGGAGAGGAGUUUCCAUAUAUUCUACCAGAUGAUAGAAGGAGCCAGUGGAGAGCAAAAGAGCAGCCUGGGAAUCACAAGCCUGGAUUAUUACAGUUACCUCAAUCAGUCCGGCUCUUACAAAGUGGACGACAUCGACGACAAGAGUGACUUUAAGGAGACAAUGCACGCUAUGGAUGUGAUUGGCAUUGAGGCUGCGGACCGCGCCAUGGUGCUUCAGAUUGUAGCCGGAGUCCUGCACCUGGGAAACAUCAAUUUUAGGGAAGCCGGCAACUACGCAGCUGUGGAGAGUGAGGAAUUUUUAGCCUUUCCAGCAUUUCUUCUGGGCAUCGACCAGAACCGUCUGAAGGAGAAAUUGACCAGCAGGAAGAUGGACAGCAAGUGGGGAAGUGCACUGGAGUCAAUUGAUGUGACACUGAACGUGGAGCAGGCGUGUUAUACUCGUGAUGCGCUCUCCAAAGCCCUGCACGCUCGAGUGUUUGAUUACCUGGUGGAGUCCAUCAACAAAGCCAUGGUAAAAGAUCAUCAGGAGUUAAAUGUCGGAGUGUUGGACAUUUAUGGAUUUGAAAUUUUCCAGAAAAAUGGAUUUGAACAGUUCUGCAUCAACUUUGUGAAUGAGAAACUCCAGCAGAUCUUCAUCGAGCUGACUCUGAAGGCUGAGCAGGAGGAGUAUGUGCAGGAGGGCAUCAAGUGGACUCCUAUCGAGUACUUCAACAACAAGAUUGUCUGCGAUCUCAUUGAGAGCAAAAAUCCUCCUGGCAUCAUGAGCAUCGUGGAUGAUGUUUGCGCCACGAUGCAUGCUGUGGGGGAGGGGGCCGACCAGACGAUGCUGCAGAAGCUCAGAGUGCAGAUCAACACCCACGAACAUUUCAACAGCUGGAACCAAGGCUUCAUUAUCCACCACUACGCAGGCAAGGUGUCCUAUGAUGCAGAAGGUUUCUGCGAGAGGAACCGAGAUGUCCUUUUUAAUGACCUCAUUGAGCUGAUGCAGAGCAGUGAAAUUGCCUUCAUCAGAGCACUGUUUCCAGAAAACCUCAACGCUGAAAAAAAGGGUCGACCCACAACGGCAGGCAGCAAAAUAAAGAAACAAGCCAAUGACUUGGUGAGCACACUGAUGAAAUGUACUCCACACUACAUCCGCUGCAUCAAACCCAACGAGACCAAGAAGCCCAGAGACUGGGAAGAGAGUCGAGUUAAACAUCAGGUGGAGUACCUGGGACUGAAGGAAAACAUCCGGGUAAGGCGUGCUGGCUACGCCUACCGCAGAAUCUUCAGGAAGUUCCUCAACAGGUACGCUAUCCUAACCAAAGAGUCAUGGCCAACGUGGCGAGGAGAUGAGAAACAAGGCGUCCUUCAUCUCUUACGGUCUGUCAACAUGGACCAGGAUCAGUUCCAACUCGGUCGCACCAAGAUCUUCGUUAAAGCCCCUGAGUCGCUCUUUCUGCUGGAAGAAACAAGGGAACGCAAGUUUGACGGCUACGCCAGGACGAUCCAAAAGGCCUGGAGGAAGUAUGUGGCCCGCAAGAAGUAUGUCCAGAUGAGGGAAGAAGCCUCUGACCUGCUGCUGAAUCGGAAGGAGAGGCGGCGACACAGCCUCAACAGGAACUUUGUAGGCGACUACCUGGGGAUGGAUGACAGGCCUGAGCUCCGACAGUUUGUGGGAAAGAGAGAGAAGAUUGACUUUGCGGACAAAGUUACAAAAUUUGACCGCCGGUUUAAGGGGAUUAAAAGGGACUUGAUCCUCACGCCAAAGUCUGUGUACCUGAUUGGGAGAGAAAAAGUGAAACAGGGACCAGAGAAAGGCCAGGUGACAGAGGUGCUGAAGAGGCGGAUUGAUGUGGAGAAAAUCCUAGCGGUGUCUCUCAGCACAAUGCAGGAUGAUUUCAUGAUCCUACAUGAGCAGGAGUAUGACAGUCUGCUGGAGUGUGUGUUCAAGACAGAGUUCAUCAGUUUACUGGCACGAAGGUUUGAAGAAAAGACACAGAGGAAGCUACCACUCAAGUUUAGUAACACACUGGAGAUGAAGCUGAAGAAGGAGAACUGGGGCUUCCUGAGUGGAGGCGGCUCCCGGCAGGUCGUGUUUGUUCAGGGUCAGGGAGACAUGCCUGUUCUGAAACCUUCAAGCAAAUCGCUGCAGGUCAGCAUCGGACCCGGGCUUCCCAAGAACACACGUCCCACCAGGAAGACCUUCACUCAGGGUCGCAGUAACAUGUCCAGAACACAGCCCACCCGAGCAGCACCGGGCCCCCCAGUUGCUCACCAGAACGGCGGAUUGAAAAACACCAACCACGUAGCUAAUCAGAGGAACUCCUCACAUCAUCACAACCAAAGGCAUCCCUCAUCCAGCAACGCAACACGCCCGUUCCUGCCGAGCAACAUCAGCCAGAUAAAGGAUCGAAACACCAACCGACCACAGCCAAACCUGGACUGUCUGAGGGUCCCAGACCAGGGAGCUGCUGGUCAUGGAGGCAGACGACCAGAGUCAAAUGGAGGAAUAGCCCACAGACCAUCAGCCAGCAGGCCGACACCAGGGGGAGGACGACCCAAACCUGCUCCCAAACCCAAACCCCAGGUGCCCCAGUGCAAAGCUCUGUACGCCUACGACGCUCAGGACACAGAUGAGCUCAGCUUCAACGCUGACGACAUUAUUGACAUCAUCAAAGAGGAUGCAUCAGGAUGGUGGACAGGGCGACUCCGUGGAAAACAGGGACUUUUCCCUAAUAACUACGUCACCAAGAUCUAGGAGCCCAGUCAACAUCACACCGAGACGAGUCUGCCGCGUCUCCUCAGGAUGAGACGACGCUCACGGUCAAAGAGGGAGGAGCUUCGUGAUGUUCUGUUCAGGAGGGAGACGUCACACUUCCUUCAACUACUGCCUUGUUGUACAUGAAUGUAACACUCGGUUACAACCCGACCAGAAGACCGUCAGACUUGAAUGAGGCUCUGCAAGAAGACUGUUUGACCCCGGGGUCCGCGGCCCCUCUGAGUACUGAACAAAACUAUUUAUUGUAUUUAUAGCUUUUCUGUGUUCUCCUUACUGUCGUUUUCACCUUGCUGAGGUUUUGAGCUCCAUCAUUUUUGAAGCGCUGGAAUGAAGUCUGCUUAAUCUGUGGGACCAGGCUGUGAUUUUAGGCUCAUCGUGUCAUGUUUAGAUGAAGGCUUCGUCGCCUCCAUAUCACCAUCUCGUCAUUUAACUGACUGCUGUUUUAAGAGGAAUAUUUAUUUUAAUGCAGGUGAUGGACAUUGAAACACAACCACACUGUCAUUUUAACUGAUAUUAAAAACCAAAGCGAUGUGUGUUUUAUUAGGUCUGUUCUAAAGUCAGAAGGUGAAUCAUCUGGAAAAAAAAGUCAUGUUUGUUUUUAUUGUUUUGUCACCGUUUUCAUUUUCUUUGUGACAGCGAGUAGAGGCCAUGUGUACUGUAUCCUGAGCAUUUUGUCUGUGGUGUAUUAGCACUUUAUUGGUACAGGUACUACCUUGGACACAGACACCGUCACAUCCAACCACAGCCAGUCUAUAUGAAGAUUGCCAAGCUAGCAAUAAGCCUAUUUACUGAGGACAAUGAUGUGUUUACAUGAAGUUAUUAUUAAACAGGCGUGUUUUUUAGAUCUGAUUCUGUAUAUGUGUUCAUAUGUCGGAGUUUGCCUGUCGUUGGCCAGAAUUUAAGUUAAUUUUUUUUUUUUUUUCUCUGAAGGAUCUUAAUUUUUCUGUCUAUCCUCUGCUCUGAUGCUCACAGGGCUGCAUUAUUUUCAGACAGAUAUUAUAGCAGUUAUCACAGACAGACUCGGGUGAACGGAUUUGUGUUUUGUCAAGUGCUAAAUUUGUUUUGGUCGUUGACGUUUUUCUGUGGCACUGCGAAGAGGUCCUUUUGCUUUUGCUCUAUUGUUUCUGCACAACUUUUGCACUGCAGUUGCAUUACUUACACAUUCCUUUGGUUUUUUGUUUUUUUUCCCCAGUAAAAUAACAGCA